CAAAUAAUUUGAGCGUUGUUUUGAUCUUACUGUGUCAUGCCAAUUGACUACAGCAAAUGGAAAGACAUCGAGAUCUCAGAUGAUGAGGACGACACUCACCCCAACAUCGACACCCCCUCUCUGUUCCGGUGGAGACAUCAGGCCAGAGUAGACAGGAUGGGAGAAUUUGAGAAGAACAAGUCUGAAACCAAAGAAAGUUUGGACAAGAGUCAAAGACAACUGAAUGAUUUGAAAAACAAACUUAAGGCAUCCGACGAUGAAUCUGAGAAAAAGAAAGUAGAGGCUGAUAUAGAGAAGCUUGAGAAACAGUUUUCAGAAUGGAAGAAGAAAGAGUCUGAGCUUGAGAAACAAGAAAAGCUAGCACCCUGGAAUUGUGACACUAUUUGCCGGGAAGGAUUCAGUAAAACAACGGUUAACAAGCUUCCAGAUAAGAAGAAGGAAUUAUCCGAGGAGGAAAGACUCGACCAUUCCCAAAAGUUCAUGGACAAGUACAAGAGUGAGAUCGAAAAGUUCGGUUACUACAGCAACUGGGACGACAGCAAGGAGUACUUGCUAGCGAACAAACACUUGGCCUGCGAGGACACGGCUAACUACCUGACCUACUGGUGUGUCAACCUACAGAUGGAGGAGAAAAACGGACUUAUGAAGCAAGUGGCUCACCAAACUAUUGUGAUGCAGUACAUACUGGAACUAGCUAAGACAAUGGAGGUACCACCCAUCGCUUGUGUACCCUCGUUCUUUACAAAAAUCAAGACAUGUGAUGCUAAGUACAUGGAGGGAUUUAAUUCAGAACUGAAAGCCUUUAUCGCCCGCAUUGAGAGGAGAUCUAAAGAAAAGACAGACAAACUUAUGGCCGAGAUCGAGGCAGAGGAGAGAGAAAAGAGGCUAGGACCAGGCGGACUGGAUCCCCAGGAGGUGUACGAGGAAUUACCUGCUGAACUCCAGAACUGUUUCGAUACCAAAGAUAUUGGUAAGCUACAAGAAGUGCUGACUACUAUGAAACCUGACGAGGCCCAGAUAUGGCUGAAGAAAUGUAUCGACUCAGGAUUGUGGGUCCCGGGUCCUUCUGAUGACACCGAAGAUGCUCCGCCUCCCCCCGAAGAAUCACUUUCAGGAGCUGUAGAGACAACACAACAGGAAAGCGGGACAGACACACCUGGAGUUGAUACUGAGACAAGUUCUUACUACAGUUAUUGUUCAAUAUCUUGAACAUAUCUCUUUAAUAGACUGAGAACAUCAUCUUUCAAAACCUAGACCUGUGUGGACUGUGGAGGCACUUGAGAUCUUGACUCUCUUUCUUGAACCUGUGCUUUAUUAUUUGGAAUAUUUAUUUUUGUGUGCUCUUCCCGUGUGUCGGCAGGACCUUUUUGUAGAAUUUAAAAAUUUCACUUUACUUUUUAAAUUCAUAUUCAUAA